CAGUUAUCCCGAGAUUGUUAUCUCACCUUCCUAUAAGAAUAAAAAUAAUAUUACAAUUUAGGGAUAACUAAUCUCAAAAUUAGUUAUACUGUAAUUUUAUCUCAAUCAAAUAUGAAAUAAACUCAUCUCAAAUUUAAUUCCGACAUUAAUUAUUCUAAAUGACUCGUACCAAACGAGCCUUAGUGAUAUAUCUGCACACACAGACAUGUAUAGCACCUUAGGGGUACCCUUGUCUUGUUUAUCAGUUUUAAUUAUAUCAGUUAGUCAGAUCUCCAUGUGCUCCUGGGGACUACCAUCUCUCCUUACUUCAAUGCCAUAAUUUCUCUUCUAUUUUCUUUGAAUGUUUUCAUUUUCAUUUACACCACCUUUGACCAUUUCGCAACUACUUCUUCUCCAGUUUCUCUCCAUCUUUCCUUUUCCUACACUAGUUUAAUCCUUUCCCCAUUGCUAAGUUAUGCUCCAGUGGUGGCUUUCAACUCUCCAACUUGUUUGCAACAAGAACAAUAAGUAAGUUAAUGAGUAGAUAACAGGGCAGAAAAACAGUGUACUUUUCAAGAUUUUAUCUUUUUUCAGUUUCAGAAAUGGUAAUGGAAGGGAUUCAAGAAGAUAUGGGUGAUGGAAAUAUGAUAUGUACAAAUCAUCCUUACAAAAACAAUACCCCAGGUGGGAUCUGUGCCUUUUGCCUUCAAGAAAAGCUUGGUAAACUUGUUUCUUCCUCUUUCCCUUCUGCUAUUUUCCCUUCUUCCUCUUCUUCAACCCCUUCUUUUAGAUCUGAUUUUGGAACCACUUCCUCUACUUCCUCAACUUUACCAGUACUCCAAACAAACAACAUUCAAACCAACAUCCAAACAAGUGUUUGUAGUAACUUUAAUCAGUAUGCCACAGUGAGGAAAUCAAGAAUGCCUUUUCUGUUGAGUACUCAAAAUAGGAGGAAGAAUAAGAAGAAAGAUGGUAGUAAUAAUAGUAUUGUUAGUGUCAUUGCUACUACUUCAGCUUCAGCUUCAAGUGUUGGCAUUUCUAUGAAGAGAAGCAAGUCUACUACAACCCCAAGAAACCAUAUGCAUUUCUUGGAUAAUGCUGAUGAAGCUGACGAAGACUAUACUCCACACAGAAAAAGGUUCUGGUCAUUUCUUUACUACUCAUCUUCUAAACAUUCAUCUUCUUCCAUUUCCAAGAAAACUGAAAAAACUAUUAAAGAUAUGAGCUUUGCUUCAUCGUCUUCAGCUGGGGCAUCUGUGAAUGGUUCAAUGAGUAGGUCAAGGGACAAAAAGAAAGAAGAGUUUGUAGUUGUGGAAGAAAAUGAGAGUCCUAAUGAGGCUGCAUUUGAUAGAAAAGUAUCUAGAUCUAGAUCUGUUGGUUGUGGAAGUAGAAGUUUUUCAGGUGAUUUCUUUGAGAGGAUUUCAACUGGUUUUGGUGAUUGUACUUUAAGAAGAGUUGAGUCUCAAAGAGAAGGAAAGUCUAAAGUUUCAUCAGUUCAUAAUCAUAGAAGCAAUGGUAGUUCAACAUCAGGUCAAGAUUGUAUUAAAGAAAGAGUGAGAUGUGGAGGUUUAUUUAGUGGUUUUAUGAUUACUUCUUCUUCAUCUUCUUCUUCAUCUUCAUCUCAUUGGGUUUCAUCUGAGGAAAAUGUGAAUGGAAAAUCAAGCAUAGCUCCUGCAUCUGUUGGACAUCAGCUUGUACAUGGAAGGAAUAAGAGUUGGGGUUGGGCAUUUGCAAGUCCAAUGAGAGCUUUCAGUAGUAAGACAUCAUCAUCUUCAAAUGGAAAAAGAGAAGCCUCAAAUAAGAAUGCUACUCCAAAUUUGGCAGCUAUUCCUUCUUUGUUGACUGCAAGAGGCUAAAAAGGGGCUCUUUCUUUUUCCUAUUUUACUACUUUACUUUAAGUCUAAUCAGACGAGGGUAUCUUGGCGUAACUGGUAAAGUUGUUGUCACGGGUUUGAGAUUUGAAAACAUUGCGUAAAAUAAAUUCUUGUGGUCCGACUCUUUCUCGAAUCCCGUCCUGUAGCGGUAACUUAGUGCACCCGCCACCAUACUUCAAGUCUAAUUAGCUACUGAUACUACUGCUACGGAAAUUUACUUGUUUAAAACUCUGUUUAUUUAUCAGGUGUGAUAUGUGCUUAUCUCCUUUUGGAACUACCUCUUUUUCUCUUGCUAUUGAGGUUGAUGUUGAUUUUUUAUUAAUGAUUCUAGUGUCAAUUGUUUUUGCUUUUGUUGAAGCUUUAGUGGGCAGUAGAGUAAAUAGAAGACCACUUGUUUAUGUGUAUUGUAAAAUUGAAAUAAUUGGUGAAUAAAAAUGCAAUGUAGUUUUUCAGGAGGUGGAGUUGGUGGUAAUUUACAAAUGGAUGAGUGUGUACUUCCUUUGAUCUGUCAUUGGAAAGUAUUUUCAAGGAGUGGUCCAAUCCAAUCCAAUCAUGUACUAUAUGUUUGUUGUUCAUUGCAAAUUGCUUAUAGGAAACUUUAUAAUUGGAAAGAAUUGUUAUUUU